GACCUGUCAGACCAGGAAGGAGACGGGCAAGGUUUGCGGAGGCCGGUAAACAGCAUCCCUACAGCGGCAGGGUUCAGCGGGAAGAGCGAUUUCUAGUGCCGGGAGUGGCCGGCCAGGUGGAAGCGCGACCUCCGCGCGGUCACCGCGGUCGUCCCGCCGGGCCAAUAGCGGAGCGGGCGAGAGGGGGCGCGGCCGGCCGGGGCGGGGCAGGUUUUGGCUGCUCCGGGCUCGGCUCACGUGCGCAGGGCGGCUGGAGCCGGCGCCUCCCGGUUCCCCGCCCGCCAUGGAGCGGCUGACGUUACCUCCGGGCGGCGCGGCGGCAGUGGACGAGUACUUGGAGUACCGGAGGUGAGGCAGCGCCUCUGGGGAGCCAGGAGGCCGGUCCGAGCCCCUUCGCGGGAGGAGUGCUGGAGGCGCGGACAGGGGACCGGCGCUGGGUGGCCUUGGCUCCCGGAAUCCCGUUCCCGGGCUGGUGGAGAAUUGUUGGUGAGGAUGAUGGAGGGAAACUUUUUACUCCUGAGGAAUAUGAAGAAUACAAAAGAAAAGUCUUACCUAUGCGUUUACAGAACAGAUUGUAUGUGAGUUGGCGAUCACCCACGGGAAUGGAUUGUAAACUUGUGGGUCCAGAGACACUGUGUUUUUGUACACAUAGGUAUAAGCAACAUAAAACUGACUUUGAAACGAUUCCCCCGCAGCGCCCCAUCAGUCUGCCUUGCCAAGUGAGGGGCUGCCCUUGCAGGACUUACCUCUAUGUGCCUCUGAACGGCACACAGCCCAUCCGCUGCCGAUGUAAGCACUUUGCCGAUCAACACAGUGCAGCGCCUGGCUUUGUAUGCAGUGCCUGUUCUAAGUGUUCGGGAUUUCAUAGUUGCUUCACUUGUGCUUGUGGUCAGCCUGCAUAUGCUCAUGACACAGUAGUGGAAACUAAGCAAGAAAGACUGGCGCAGGGAAAACCGGUGGGGCAGGACGUUCCUUAUGCAGCAAUGGGAGGACUGACUGGCUUCAGCUCGCUGGCAGAAGGCUACAUGCGAUUAGAUGACAGUGGAAUUGGUGCACCGUCAGCUGAGUUUUUAGACUCUCCAGGUACAGCCAUGGACCACCCAUUUCUAAAGGCAUUUCAAGCAUCAUCUAGCUCUUCUCCAGAAACACUAACAGUAGGUACAAGUAGUCAAGUUUCUUCCUUAAGGAAACCGGAAGAGGAUGAUAUGGCUUUCUUUGAAAGACGAUACCAGGAAAGGAUAAAAAUGGAAAAGGCUGCUAAGCAGAAAGGAAAAGCACCAUUGCCAUCAACUAUGAAACCUUCAUGAAUGCUACUGGGGAAAUUAAAACCAGCAUCCAAAUAUGUCUUUUGUGUGUUAAUUAUUUAAACAUAAUAAUACAGUUUAUUUUUCCUCAAAUUACUUACAUUUUUUCUAUGUAAAAAUGUCUUUUGAAUGUUUCCUUAUUUACACGUGACAGUACCUUAUGUUACUUUUGCCAAAAUUUAUGAUUUAUUACUUUAUAUAAACUUUUUUCUCUCUCCUAACAAAUGAGGCUAUUUUCAUGUUAGUCAAAACCUUAAAGUACAGUAGCUAUUUUGAGUUUAUAAUAAUUUAACCUUUUCAGGCUACUUAAAAAUUUUAAGAUGUUAUUGAGGGU